AUGAGGUAUGAAGUUGCAGUUCCAUUAUGCAAACAGGCUCUAGAAGAUCUCGAAAAAACUAGUGGUCAUGAUCACCCUGAUGUUGCUACAAUGCUUAAUAUAUUAGCCUUAGUUUAUCGUGAUCAGAACAAAUAUAAAGAAGCUGCAAAUCUUCUAAAUGACGCUUUGGCGAUUCGUGGUAAAACUUUAGGAGAAAAUCACCCGGCUGUUGCUGCAACUCUUAACAAUCUUGCUGUUUUAUAUGGCAAACGUGGAAAAUAUAAAGACGCUGAACCUCUAUGCAAGCGUGCCUUAGAAAUUAGAGAAAAGGUUUUGGGAAAAGAUCAUCCUGACGUUGCAAAACAAUUAAAUAAUUUAGCGUUGUUGUGUCAAAAUCAAGGAAAAUAUGAUGAAGUAGAAAAGUAUUACCAGCGGGCUUUAGAAAUAUAUGAGUCGAAACUAGGUCCAGAUGAUCCUAAUGUUGCAAAAACAAAAAACAAUUUAGCGAGUUGCUAUUUGAAGCAAGGAAAAUAUUCAGAAGCAGAAGUUCUUUACAAACAAGUUCUAACUAGAGCACAUGAGCGAGAAUUCGGUGCUAUUGACAGCAAAAAUAAACCUAUAUGGCAGGUAGCAGAAGAACGUGAGGAACACAAAUAUGAUAAUCGAGAGAACACUCCAUACGGCGAAUAUGGAGGAUGGCAUAAGGCCGCUAAAGUUGAUUCUCCAACUGUUACAACAACAUUAAAAAAUUUAGGUGCACUUUAUCGGAGGCAGGGAAUGUUUGAAGCUGCGGAAACAUUGGAAGAUUGUGCUCUUCGAAGUAAAAAGGAAGCGAUUGAUUUGGCCAAACAAGCCAAAGUUGCUCAAUUAUUAACAACUAGCGAAAGAAGGCGAUCCAGACAGUUUAAAGAGGAAUCAGAUAAUACUGAUGAGGCGAAAUUAUAUGUAUCGUAA